AGUUUGGCUCCAGCGGGCCUGCGGACGCCGUUGCUCCACGCGCUGCGGGCCUUGGUCGGGAUGGGCAGCUCGGCGGCUGGCUCGCGACGGCCGAUCGACGACUGCUGCGGGGCGGGGGCGCUGGCGGCGCUGCGCGGGCUGUCGCGGAAGCGCCGCCGACCGCCGGCCAUCUCCACGCGGAGCCCAGAAAUCGGCGGCGGCGCGCCCGAGCAGCGGGGCAUCCUCGGGGGCGCGGCCGAGCUGCUGCCGGCGAGCCCGGGCGGCGCCCGGCGGGUCCGGUCGGCGGAGGUGGGCCCCGAGAGGGCGCGGGUGCUGCGGCGCGCCACGUCGAGCCUGCCCCGGAGCCCGGGCAGCCUCCGCGUCGUGACGGACGCGCUGCUGAGAGACCGCUACGUCAGGACCGAGGGCAUCGCGGGGGAGGGCCUGUCGGGCGCGGUCUCCAUCAUCCUCGACAGGGCGACGAGGCAGAAGCGGGUCCUCAAGAGCAUCUGCUGGGCCGAGGAGGACGAGGAUCGCGACGCUCUGCUGAACGAGAUGGACGUGUACCUCAAGCUCGACCACCCGAACAUCUGCCGGCUCUUGGAGGUGUACGUGGAGGAGGGCAUAUGCCACCUCGUGAUGGAAAUGUGCACUGGCAGAGACUUGUGUGAUCGGUGGGAGGCGCGCGGGAGGUACACCGAGCAGGACACCCGCGAAUUGGUAGCGCAAAUGUUGGACGCGGUAAUCGUGGAUAUGCAUAGCAAGGGCAUCGCUCACAGGGAUUUGAAAUUGGAGAAUUGGGUUUUCGCAGACCCCUCCGACAACGCACGCCUCAAGCUCAUCGACUUUGGUUUCUCCGAGCUCAUGAAUCCAGACGCGCCCUUCAUGGCGGUACUCGGAACCAUUUUUUAUGUGGCGCCAGAGGUCCUCAACAGGGAGUACGACCUCAAGUGUGACUUGUGGAGCAUCGGCGUGAUUUGCCACAUGCUCCUGAGCGGCUAUCCGCCAUUCGGGACCUUUGUGGAUGACGACGAUACCAUCUUCGGGAAGAUACUUAGUGGGGACGGCGCUACGAUGAACGGGCCCGCGUGGCUGAACGUGUCUGCGGAGGCGCGUGACUUCGUCUCGCGCUUGCUCACCCGCGACCCCGCCGUGCGCCCCGGCGCCCAGGAAGCGGCCGCGCACCCCUGGCUGCAGAAGCUCGAUGGCCCGCACCGCGUCGCGAAGCAGAUCGACGUCUCGGUGCUGGAGAGCCUGCGGUCGUUCGCCUCCAUGAACGUCAUCAAGCGGACAGCCUACGGCCUCAUUACCGCGUCAAUGUCCGGCUGCGAGACGGACCGCCUGGAGGCACAGUUCAAGAUGCUCGGCGCCCAGAACAGAGGGACGAUCUCGAUGAACGAGCUGGCCGACGCUCUCAAGGAGCACCUCGGCAUGAGCGACGACGACGCCAGGGAGCUCUUCAGCAGGCUCGACCUCGCUGGCGACGGCCACAUCAGCUAUAGCGAGUUCUUGGCCGCCACGGCGCCACGCCAUACCCUGGGAGAGGAGAAGCUCUUUCGGGUGGCGUUCGACCGCUUCGACACCGACCAUUCGGGAGUUAUCUCGCAGGAAAACCUGCAGGAGGUCCUGGGUCACUCGUACAUGGGCCUGAGGCCAGAGGAUAUCAUUCACCAGAUAAACCAGGAGGGGGACGACGUCAUCAAGUACGAGGACUUCCUGAAAGCAAUGAUGGACCUUGGUUGCAAAGACAACUCGCUGCCGUGCAGCACCGAACGAGUAAAGAAUAUCUCACGCGCGUUCAGUAUCAUCUAUCCAGGAGCGGGCUGCAAUCCGGGGCCGUCGCCAUCGAGUUCGAUUGCCAGGAGAGGGAUCAGGCGUCUGCACAGGGGUUGGCACACUCCUGACGCGGAGGACAUCUUGCAGGAGCAGGUCGACGAGGACUACGCCAUCGGCUUCGCCCGUGCCAUGUCGUACUCCGAUGAGAAGUUCUCGCAUGUUUCUCGGCAGCUGCGCUCAGAGUGCCAGCACCGCAGCGACAAAGAGUAGGGACGCCACCGGACCGCGGGAUCGCCGGCAUCUUCAGUGAACUAUUUUCCCAGGCGCCUUGGAGGAGUACCAUGGCCUUCCUGGGCUGCGCCUGAUUACCUCGAGAUGGAAGCGUACUCGCAAUCGGCGUGGAGCGCACAGUGUAUUGCGUAUUGCAUGGCCACUGGGAAUCAGGCAGACAAUUGUUUCUCUCUGGCAGAAGCCACCUCGUAGUCAGCGCUCGCCCUAAGAGGCGCCGCGGACAUGUCGACUUUGGGCGCUGCUCUGGGAUUUUGUUCGAGUCUCGACAGCCGCGGCCCUCCCAGGGACCAGGGAGGUGCGGCGGGGCCAGCGAGGGUAUGGGGAGGGCUGCCGGGUCGAGGCCACAUCGGACGGCUCAAGCCGCUGCAUACUUUCCGGGGAACACCUCUGCACAUUUUUCUGGCCUGCGGGCAGGUCAACAGCCAUCGCUUGUCUCGCACCUCCCCCCUCCCUCCUCUCUCUCCUCUUUCGUAAAAAAGGAUCGUCUGGAGACGAGGUUUCUGCUACUUUGGACCAUGUCUGAGCAUUUCUCUGUUCGAAAAUCCGUUUGUAAUAGGCCAUGCCCGACCGAACACCAGGGUCAAACAGAUCCGAAGGCCGGCCCCGUCGGGGCGGCCUCCGUGCGCACGGGCGUCUCGCACGUGCCCUCUUCCGCGGAGGCUCUUUUUUUUCUCGGCGAUGGCGGGGCGGGCCUCGGUUGGCAGUACUGUUCUGCGUGACCGCGGGUGCCCGGACUGGACGUCGAGCGGCCGAACGGCGAAAGAGGGUCGGUAUCCC